UACAAUUAAUGACUUUUCCAAAACAAACAAAAUGGCGGAAAGGUAUUUUGAACACAAAUGUGAAAUGAAAUUUCCCGUAAGGAACUAGAUGAAAGACGAACAAAAGCACCAAAUUUUGCUUUAACAAAAGAACUAAAUAAAAAUACGAACAAAACUACCCAAUUUUGGUUGAAAGUCUAGCAGGACUGAGCUUUGGCGAGAGAAUAUGAUCUUGACGGAGAAGUAUCCAAUUUUAUCAUGCUAAUAAUAAACAAGUAAUCAUGCGAUGUUGCUCGUACAAUUAGGGAUUGAUAGUACUCGUGAUGUUUGGAAAUUUGCCAAAUUGGACUCGCCCCGGCUGCUCGUCCAAUUCUGGCAAAACUUACAAAAUCACUCGUACUAUUAAUCCCUAAUUGUACUCGCCAUCGAAUGAUUACCUAUACUAAUACCUGUGCGUGAUUUCGAAAUUCCAUUUGUUUACGAACCACAGUUUCAUUAAGAAUUUUCUUUCUCUUAAUUGACAGGACUAUUCACAGCUGAUCAAAAACUGAAUGGUCAGACAAGCAUUUACACUCGUCAAAAUGCAAAUGGUGCUCGUAGUGGCUAUGAAUGCCCAGAGGAACGAGAUUACUAUCCUUACUGGCAUCCAACUGACUGGAUUGAUAUAGCGGUGUUUGCUCAUAAUGAAACGAUGUGUCAAUAUUAUCAGGAAGAAAGUUUUAAUGUCAAAACUAAAGGUUAGUCUUGAAUAACUACAGCUGUUAUUAUCUUUUCUUAUAUCGUUAUAUAAUUAACCUGGCUUUGUGUUUGCUCGUAAUGAAAUCAUGUGUCAGUAUUUAUUGAAUAUCAGAAAAUUUGAACCCUGAGAAUGAAGGUAAGUUUGCAGUCUGUUCCAAAGGUAUUUAACUAGAAAAUACAUGCAUGCAGAAACCCUCGCCAAAGAUUAGAUACUAUAAAGAUGUGUCACUCGACGUAUUUCCCUAAUGUUUGCGUGUCCGUAAUUUUCCGUGCUGAUCACGAGUGAUCACGCGAGAUGACGAGUGCAUAACACUUACUGUCAAAAUGGCGGCGAGACUGAAUACAAUAGGUUGCCAUCGCGAUGCUCGCGCUAUAUGACGAAUUUUGACGAAUUUGACACUUACUGGCAAAAUGGCGGCUAUAAAAAAAUCUCGGACAUAAUUUUCGCAGAGUGACACAUCUUUAUAGUGUCUAAUCUUUGCCCUCGCGUUGCUGACAAAACCGUUGUAUUUUCCGAACAUGAAGUAUCUAAAGUCGUUGUCAUGGUAAGACGAUAAUUUUUUAAGAAUAUUCUUACAAAUGAAAAUCGCCUAAAAAUAUCACUUUUAAUUACAAAAUUAUCAAUUUCCCAACAUAUAUAUGUUAGAUAUGUAAUCAUACGUAAUACAAGCUUCAAUUUAAGGUAAAAUUCAACCACAAACAAUUCACAAAACGUUUUAAAGUGUUCUUUAUAAAACUAAAGUCUAAACUGCCUUUAACUAUUAAAUGGCUUUAUCGAUAAAUUUGAGUUUGCAAUAAAAUUAUUUCAAAUUCUCGCUUGCAAAUAACUUUGCUUUAUUUAUAAUUUAAAAAAUUCAAUAUAAUGAAAAAGGGAAUCAAUAUUAAAGAUACACUGAAAUUAUAUGCUGUCUUGUUUAGUUGUUUCAUAUACGCAAAGGCCGUCGGGUUUUAAAGCCAUUAUAAAAUCAAUAUUUAAAACAAACUUACCUUCGUUAACGUCGGCUCCCUUCUUUUAGCUGAUUCUUUCGCCCUUUCUUUCUUGAAAUUUACAAAAUCUUGCAGAAAUACGAGCAAAAAUGAAAUAUAUUUGCAAGAAAUUUAUCAAUCAUCAAAUCAAGAAAUGUUUGCUAUUUCGCUGUCGUCAUGCAGUCGUUGUAAUGCAAACUUUAAAUUGGACCAAUCAGUGUCCGUUAUUCAUCACAGUCCGCCAUAUUUUUUAGAUCAGUGAGGAUGACCACCCAUCGUUGGUGACCGACGCCCGCGCUCAUUGAUGAACUUUAGACUUCGCUAAUGCUUUCGUUUCCCCGGGUGUAAAUAGCCGGGGGGAAUUAGUACCCUCGCACGGCGCUUCGCGCCGCCGGCUCGGGGACAAUUAGACAACGAAGCUGAAUUGUCUAUGAGCGAAUAGUCAACGAGGCGAAGCCGAGUUGACUAUUAUUUUGCUCAGAGACAACGAGCCUGAGUUGUCUAAUUGUUUUAGUAUAAACCACAUAAAGAAAACGGAAUUUUUCACUUGAUUUUUAUGUAAAAUAAUAAUUUUCUAACGAAAUGAGCGUUUAAAUGGUUUCCUUUAAUUUGGCGACAUUACGCCUCGGCCUUGUUGACAACUACUCAGUGCUGCGAACUCCCAAGAAUGACUUGAAAAAUAUAACUUGUGAGUUUCAAAAAAGUUAAAAAACAUGUCGUAAAACAGCAUAAUAGUAAGGGGCCGUUAUACAAACGAAAUUUGGCUAAUUAAAGGAACUCAAGGAAACAAGGCUUAAAAAGUCCAAAAUUUCGAACACAAAAUGGCUUCCCGAAUGGACCAUUUGCAUUUAGACUAAAUUUUGAUCUAGACAAAACUUUCAUCACAGCUUGAAAGAGCAUCACAAAAUUAGUAAUAUUUGCGAAAUGUUGUAAAAUGCUGAUAAUAUAGCCUUGCGAAAUUUGCAAUUUUCAGUCAUUUUGUAUUACAAACGGGAAAUUGAUGCCCCAACACCCGAUUGGGCUGUCAAUUUCCCGUGCGUAAUGCAAAAUGACUGAAAAACGGCAAACUUCGCAUGGCUAUAUUAUCCGCAUUUUACAACAUUUUGGGAUAUUACUAAUUUUUUGAUGCUCUUUCAAGUUGUGAUGAAAUUUUUGUCUAGAUCAAAAUUUAGUCUAUAAAGCUACUAAAUAAAAUUUACGUUAAAAAGCAGAAUAAAAAUGCACACAAAAGAAUCCGAAUGUCGUUGAAAUCUUUAAAAUAUCUGGAACAUAAAGAGGCAAACUAUUCCAUCAUCUAGCCAGUAUACAUAAACAAAAACCGGGGUUGAAAUUUCAACCCUGCUUCAGCUAGCAGGGUUGAAAUUUCAACCCCGGGAUUGAACUCAGCCCUGGGUUGAAAAUUUUGUCAUGUAAUCGUUUCAAACCAGGGCUGAAAUAUCAUGAGUUAUUCGAGCAUACGUGGUAGUGAUUAUUUAUUACAAGAAAACAAAAUAAAGGCUUUUUUACUUCCGGGAAUCGAUACCGAGAACGUAUAGUAUAGCGUUUCAACCCCGGGGUUGAAAUCGUCCAUGUAAUCGCAAAAAAUUUCAACCCGCUUAACAGGGCUAAGUUCAACCCCGUGGUUGAAAGUUGUCCAUGUAAUCAGUCCCUAAAAGGUUGAGGAAAUAGGGGUAAGUAGCUACAAAGUAUUGUUGAAUUUCAACGAUUCUGCUUGGAAUAUUAACAAACAUUGCAGUGCAUAUAUUUUGAAAAAAUCGCCUGUCACUUCCAUGUUCAAAACUACAAGCAAAAUUGAGAAAACGUAAACAUUUUACCGUAUGUGUGAGCAGUUUCCAAGAGUCUUUGAUUGUGUGUAAUCCAGAACAAAAUUAGGCCAUUUUGAUAAUCUUUUUCCCUUUAAAUGCACUUUAAAACGACCAUUGACUCUCGCGUCCUUCGCCGCUUGUUGCUACUAGUAGGCUAUCACUAAUAGCCUACUAGUAGCGCAGCCAAUCAGAACGCACGAAAUAUGAUAGCCUACUAGUAGGUUUAUAAUAAAUACAUAUAUUCAUUAGAAGCAGGUUAAAAUCGUAUUAUAUAAUUUAUAAUAGAAGUGGGAUAUAACAUGUAAUUUGUUUGGCUAAUCCGUGUGCAUUACAACGCCAUAAUGCACUGACUUGGUUUUUCAGUAUUUCUUGCUCCAUUUCCUGUUUCUAAUUGGCAAAAUAACACGAACGGAAUUACACAGUGCAGUUUUAAUCCAAAGUUUAUUAGAAGCAGUCAACAAGAGAUAACAGGAUAAAAAAACAAAGAAAUAUUCACAGUUGUUUUUAAGUCUGAUUGAAUUAAACUAGCUAAGAAAAGCAUUAUAGAAAAGAACUACAAAAGUUGACCAAAUGUUUAUUAGAAAAGUACCUUAAUAAAUGCUUUAAAUUGAAACUGCUCGAAUAUCUAAUUCGGCAAUACACGAAAAAUGUAUUGGUAAUUUCAGCAGCAAAUGAAAUUAAACACAACAACUCGACCAAAAUCCAGCUUGAAUAAGAGUUUUUUAAAAGUUUCUGAACAUUUCUUUCCAGUUUUUUAACUUCCAAAACGUAUAAUGUUUUCGUUCUUUCACGUUGAGUGAAAGCAUGUGCGUGACGUUGACGAUGUUGGGAGAACACUCGAAAAGCAACUAAACAUUCGAAUACGCCCCGUAUUUCACAGAAUUUUCUCCUGUUAUCCCAACAUUCCCCUCAUGUAUUAAUACCACCAUUAAACCAUUAAGGCACGCGACUGGUUUUCUAUUUCUUAAGGUGGCUUCAUACACUUUUCGUCAUCGGGGGACUGGUACCUGAUCUUGAGUUUUCGCGCGAAACGGUUAAAAAUAUAUGCAAAAUUAAAUAAAUACAACUUUUUCAGUCUAAAAUCCGAACUACAAGUCAUGUUUAUUUUGAUGUUUUGAGUCUUCUUUGUUCUCAUUUGUUCUCAAAGAACAAACUUCGUCCUGAUUUAGCCCUGAACAUUGAAUAACUAAAAAUGCUGUACUGAGUGGUUAUAUUACUACCUUAAAAAAUAAGCAAAAACUUGACGUUUCGAGCGAAGGCCAUUCGUCAAGAGUUAGAAACGAAACGACGAGUUUCUGCUUAUUUUUAAGGCAGUAAUAUAACCACUCAGCACAGCAUUUUCACUUUGGUACUACCAACACUGGUACAGACAGUUUUAGUAUACAUUGAAUAACUAGUCAUUUUAGAAGACAUUUUAAGGUAAAAAUGCAAUGUUCAACGUUCAAACUCUUGUGAAAACCGGCGAUCGGCCCGACCGGCGAAAAGUUUUUUACUCCAAUAUUUGGCGAUUUAUAAGUUCAUAUCCUGAGUUUUUUUGUACUUACAACUGGUAAAUGUAUUCAAAGUGUUACUAACAGCGAAGGAAUUCAGUGAAAUAUCAUCAUGCGCCGGCUCAAACUGUUUUCAAUUGUCAACAACAACAUGAAAACACACACUUAUACGCCUGAAAACGAAUAUUAAACUAUGUAGAAAAGCCAAAAGUUCAUACAUGUCACACAUAUCUUAUACCAAACGACCGACAAUCACCUGUUUUCUUGGCGUUAUCCCGAGUUAGCAUGCAAAACGAAAUAUAUUUGCAUUUUUAAGCAAGAAAACACAACAUAUAUUUGAUAUUUCGACGAGACUAAAAACUUUUUUGUGCGUGUUUUUCUGGAGAUGCGCCUGCGAAAACAUGUACGCGCAUAAUUCAUUGAUCUUGCAGAGUGUGAAAAACUUUGACCGCGCGGAAUAAAACCGUGAUUAUUUCCAAAACGAGUUCGGUAAGUACCCUGAAUUUUGUAAAUGAGUAGAAAUUUGUACAUGAGUAGAUACAUACUUCAAGAUUUCAUGAUGGAAAAAUAAAAAAAAAUGUCCACAGAAACUGUCAAAAAAGCCGAAAUUUAAUUCUAAAGAAUUGGGUCGGCAGAUUUUUUUUAAAUUUCCAAGAAAUGUUUCUCGACACUAACGCAACUGAUUUAUUUCGGCUAUUUAGUGUUACCAUUAUUCGUUAUAGUUGGCAUGGAAACGCGACUUUUAUCAGAAUUCUUCUUGUUUGCGACACGUCUUACUAUGUGUUACAAUUAUAAGUGAAACUUAACCCUGUAGAAGCAUUUAAGUUAAACAGAAAAUAUUAAACUUUUGCUCCUUUGGCUAAAAAGUGUAUUGAGCCACCUUAAACUAGAAAAUACAUGCAUGCAGAAACCCUCGCCUUGCUGACAAAACCAUUGUAUUUUCCGAACAUGAAGUAUCUAAAGUUGUUGUCAUGGUAACACGAUAUUUUUUAUAAUUAUUCUUACCAAUGAAAACUCGCCUAAAAUAUCACUUUUAAUUACAAAAUCAGCGUCAAUUUCCCAACGUAUAUAUGUUAGGUAUGAUAUUAUACGUAAUAUAAGCUUCAAUUUAAGGUAAAGUUCAACCACAAACGCUUCGCAAAACGUAUUAAUGAAAUGGCUUUAUCGAUAAACGUUGAGUUUGUAAUAAAAUGAUUUCAAAUUAUCGCAUGCAAAUAACCUUGCUUUCUUUUUUAUUUAAAACAUUAAAUAUAAUAAAAUGGGAAUCAAUAUUAAAGAUACACUGAAAUUAUAUGCUGUCUUGUUUAGUUGUUUCAUAUACGCAAAGGCCGUCGGGUUUUAAAGCAAUUAUGAAAUCAAUAUUUAAUAAUUAAAACAAAAUUACCUUCGUUAACGUCGGCUCCCUUCUCUUAGCCGAUUCUUUCGCCCUUUCUUUCUUAAAAUUUACCAAAUCUUGCAAAAAGGCGAGCAAAAAUGAAAUAUAUUCGCAAGAAAUUUAUCAAUCAUCAAAUCAAGAAAUGUUUGCUAUUUCGCUGUCGUAAUGCAGUCGAUAUAAUGCAAACUUUAAAUUGGACCAAUCAGUGUUCGCUAUUCAUGACAGUCCGCCCAAUUUUUGAGAUCAGUGAGGAUGACCACCCACCGCACCACUCACGAUAAUACACGCCCGCGCUCAUUGAUGAACUUUAGACUUGGCUAAUGCUAUCGUUUCCCCGGGUGUAAAUAGCCGGGGGGGAUUAGUACCCUCGCACGGCGCUUUGCGCCGUCGGCUCGGGGAUAAAAAUGAGAAAAUGAAUAAUAUGUUAACAUGCAAUCAUUAAAUCUAAAAGUUCUCAUUUCUUUGUUCCCAGGAGAAUGUCUUCAGUACUACAGUUAUAAGCCAGAUGGUUUCCGCCAUGACUCGGCUUAUAACAACAAAAUUGACUGCGAAAAGAAUCGAGGCUACUGGAUUUCUUUCAGCAACUAUUUAGAAGAAUCUCCCAAGCAUCAAACAGAACAAGAGUGUAAAGCUGCAAAUUCUAGCCAACUUCGGCUUAUUUGGGCCAUUCCUUACCGCUCUGAAGAUAUUGAUAAUUUAAAAAUGACUGGUAAUAAAGUAGAAUCAUUAAAACGUUGUUUGGUCGCACUUGACCCACCAGAAUGCACCAAAGCUCCAUAUACAAGAUCAAACCAUUUAGGAAAUGCCCGUGACGUGGUUCCUAUCCGUUACACUUGGGUUAUUCCACAUUUUCCGUCUGGUAAUGUACAAAGAUGCGUCCUGAGAAUAAGGUUAGUUGUAAGGUUUACAUACUUAUUUCUGCAUGCUAUUAGUUAUACUCAUAUGAGUGUGUUAAUAGAGUUUGAGUAGCGGACAUUUCGGGAAAAGACCACGUGAAAAACGUCGUUAAACACAGCAUACUCAUUGAAUGAAGUUAGUAGCGUCGUCCUGAAAGUUCAUUCAUCGAAGCCAGGAAAGAGUUCGAACAAAAUUUCUUAAUAAACGACAUUUCUUUGUUGUCUUUACUCUUUCGACGUACUUAUGUUGAUAAUAAACACUCUAUCAACAUAAGUACGUUGAAAGAGUAAAGACAAGAAAGAAAUGUCGUUUAUUAAGAAAAGAAGUUAGUAGCGUGUUAAAUAUUAAAAUUUAAACGUUAAAGGGGGAACUCAAAUAAAGCUGAAUAGUUAUUGACUGUUUGAUUUAUUAGAAUUGAGUUAAGCUUUCGCUGUACCACAAUAUCAUCAGAACUGCAAGGAUAAUUAAUGGUACACUUAAUAUACACAAAUAUAAUGUCCAUAUACAUAGCAGUGCGUUAAUCCUGUUUUGCUUUGUAUGUGCUCAAUAUGAAUCCUUGCCCCCACACACACACACACACACACACUCUUUGUGAGAGUGUGCUUGAUUUUGUGACAUGGUUUACUUUGCGGUUUUUGAUAAAAUUUACUAAAGGAACUAUAGGUAUGUAAUAUAUUAAUCACUGUAGAUUGUGUAGAACCUGAUGGAUAAAUAGUAUUAUUAUUUAUCAAAAAUAAUUCAAGAGUUUUGGUUGGCUAAGUGCUAUCGGUGAAAUCUUCAUAUCCGCUCGGUAGUUGCCCAAAUUUGCAGCUAUGACAUCACCGUGGAAUAUUGAAAACAAAUAUACCACUGACGUUUGAUGUAAUUUCGUGGUAUAUUGAAAAAACAAUGAAAAACGCUAUGACGUCAAGUUAAUUUAUGCGGCUUAUGCCAAAAGGUUGAAAAUACAAAUUUUCAUUUUCCGCGCCUUGACGUCUUCUUGAGACCGAAAUAUUUACGAAUAAAUAAUAAAACAAUUAUUGAAUUCGGUUCUCGCAGGAUAUGAGGAAUUAAGAUAACACAAACCACGGCCUUUAUAUAAUUCCUCAUAUCCUAUUCGACCUCAUUCAAUAAUUGUUAAUGUUGUGAAUUUUUCAUUAAUUUAAUAUCGUCUUACUCAGCUUUCAUGAAUUUUUCAAAAUUAAAUAAAAUAGUAAGCAUAUCAUUUGAUAUUUUUUAUUGGAAGAUAAGCUUAACUUUGCAAUUGAAACCCAAGAUAUAUGAGUUAAAAUAAUGAAGUUGCGAUAGUUUGAUUAUAUAUCAUCGUUGGUUUGUUUCCAUCAGGGACGUGCUGGGGUCAUGAAAAGGACGACGAAUGAGCAACGUUUGAUGGGGCCCAGGGGGAGGGGGUGUAGUAACAAAAUUCCGGGCAUACCAUUUUUCAGUCACUUUCGAAUUAAUGACCGUAUUUGUCGGUAAUAUUUUCGUGAAUUUAUAUUUUUAAAAUAUAAAUUGUUAGUAUCUUAAUUUUGAUUUUAAAAAUUAAAAUUUAUAUUUUUUUCUUUUCCAAUGUUUUAAUUUAUGAACCCAUAUGAUGGCAUGGGGCCCACAACAAGUUCUCGUCGGCUCGUUCCUAGCCAGCACGUCUCUGGUAAAUAAAGACCAAUUUGAUCGUAGUUUAGUACAAUUUGGAUGAACAUUGAACUAGGAAAAGACAAAAUAUUUUCUGACUUUUUCGUUGAAUUGCGCCGGCUGGGGCAGAAUGAAAUCUUUGUUUUAAUUAAAUUAUAAGACCAUGUCGACCAUUUAUUGAAAAUUUCAUUCAGAUACAAUUAAAUAAAAAUUUAUGCAUUUUGUAAUAUUUAAAAGAUUCUGGAAGACUUUUUUUGUAUCUGGAAAAACAAGUACAUUUUAUUUAAGAAAUAGAAAACGAGUCGCGUGCGUUUAUGGUGUGAUAAUGCACGCGGGCAAUGUUGGGAGAAUACGAGAGAAGCGUGUAAAACACGAGGCGUAGCCGAGUGUUUUACACGCUUCUCGAGUAUUCUCCCAACAUUCCCCAAGUGCAUUAUCGAACAAUAAACGCACGAGACGAGUUUUUCUAUUUCUUUUAUAAUAUAAGUAGAAGAUAUUACAUAGUAAACAAUUUUACUCAAAAAAUCGACGUUGAAAUUCUCCUUACAUGUACUCAGUGACGUCACGCGCAUGCUUUUACUCAUUCACUGUUGCUUAAUUUUUAAGCGAGGGAAGGAGCAAAAUUGCCAAAACAAUAUACAAACUUUUGGUCUUAUAAAGCCGGAAAAAUUGUUUAAAAUAGUGGAAAUAAAAAAAGCAGUGACACACAGACUAACUUGCCAAAAUUUUUCAGCAUCUGGGCUGCUGGAUUUGCCAUGAAAGACGAUAAAUCGUAGGUUUCGUCGCGUGUAAACUCAGUUUUAAUUUUCGAAAUUAUUGUAUUUUUUAUCUUUCGCCGAAAAUAUAUCUAGCAGUUAUUAUCAGAAGAAUUGAAGGUACUUUCUAAAUCACUUGUAUUCAGUUUUUGUUGCCUUUUUGUAUGUAUUUGAUCUUCCAGCUGUAUCUUUUUCAAGUUUUUCCCCCGACUAUUUUGUACGCUUUUACCCAAAACUUGUCGAGACAACAACAAAUUCGACGAAUACCAAGCCGGUUUAUUCUACACGUAGAACUAUAAAAAAUUGCUUUGUUCCUUUGGUCUAUUCCUUCUUGCUUUCUGGUAAAUUUUGCAUUUUAAAAGCUCUAUAGUUUUGUUAAUAUUUUUGGCUAAAAAGCAGAGAUGAAGCGGGGAAAAAACAGAGAAAGAGCAAAGCAGUGCUACAGAAUGAUCACAGUGCAUUAUUGCAUCACAAUGCACGCGCAUUAGCCAAUCAAAUCGUCUGUUAUAUCCCUCUUAUAUUAUAAUGUCUCUUACAUUAUACUGUCUCUUCAGUUUUGCCAUAAUCAUUCGGAUCCAUUAUGCGAUGGUAAAAUACCUAUUUCUCCUAAUUUCUUUGUUUAGGUACAAUAUUUCCACGGGGGAUUAUCCACCAUUUAACACAUUUAGUGAUGAAAAUAAUAAUCCGUAAGUAUAUUUGUACGAUUACAAUCAUAGUCGUGUAUGGGUUUGUAAUUUGGAUGCUUCUUGACUUAAGUUUGGAAAGUUAUAUAAUUAACUCAGCCAACCAUAUUGUGAGAAAAAUUAAGAUGAUUUGUUAAUUAAAAAGUAGGUAUGAAAGUAGGAGUGACAAACAAAGGAGCAAAUUCAAGAACAAAACUUAAAGGAGAAGAGAGAUAUCUCUGACCUGGAAGAAUAUAAAAUUCAUAUAUUUAGUGAGACAAGAGUCAAGCAUGUAUCUCUAAAUACAGUUUGGAAAUCAUCAAAUUAACUCCCAAGUUAGCAUUUACAUGCAAAGUUAACGUAAAUAAGUGUAGUUUUUAUACUAUAGUUUUAGCCUAACACACGAUCUUAAUAACAUGCAUAACUCUGAGUUAAGAUGAAACGUGCUUACUUAGACCACCUGUCCUUUUUAGUGCAUAAUUGAAAAUAUUUUGAAAUUUGUUGACAACAUUUAAUUUAUAUGUCUAACUCUGUUCUCAUAUUGUUUUCCAAAACUGCCAAACCAAUAACUACUGAAACAUGUUUUGUUCUCGAACAUUUCUUUAUAAGGAAUAACGGUGUAAUUUCUCCCGUCCAAAACAAUCCACAAGUAAAAGUUGGUCAUGUUCAGCUGCCAUUACAACUUGCCAUCAACACCGCUCAAUUUGGACGUACUUUUCAAGAUCGAUCUCAUUUAUUCAAGCUCCUACCCAGACCUAAAGGUGUGACAGAUUAUGACGUCAUCUAUAAUCUGAACGUACGCGGAAAGCGAGGGAACAUCGUGCAAACGUAUCCAGCUGUAGAAUACGACUUUAUCCCCAAGCGAUUGAAUAUUACCAGCGCAAGUCUUUUGCAUAUCCAGUGGACUGGUGAGUAUAAGAGUUACUCUUAAAAUUUCUUCUCAACUUUAUUUGGCUGUGUGGCCUUUAUGAAGUAAGAAAUAAAAUAAUUGCGUCUGCGUUUCGUGCUUGAAAUAGUGAAGAGCAUUUUGUAGUCAUCUUCAUCAGCUUGACUCUCUACCGAUUACACCAUUGCAUACUUUGCAAUCACAAUCACGUACUAAGCCAGAAAGUAGGCAGCUUCCGAAAAUCUGACGUGCGCCCCACGCAAAUGACGAAUCUUCUACUUUUACUAUGAUUACCCAUAUUGGAGGUAACAAUUUCUGCUAAGUAUAACUUGGGCCAUGCAUACCUUUUUUUGCUUGCGUAAUUAUCUACACGUAUUUAUAUGUCGGAUUUGCUUCCUGUGCAUUUUUUACAACACUCAUAAUUUUAUAUUACCCAUAAUAGUAGACAACAAAUCUCAAAAUGACCAUCUCCUUCUUUCAAAGGAUCAAAUACAAACCCUAAGAAUUAUGCCGGGCAAGGAACUGCAGGUAUGUUUAACUGAAUGAUGUAUUGUAACUGCUGAAAAAAUAGACAGUUUUUGAAACAUUAUACUUGUAAAUUACUACAAAUUCAACUCUGUUUUUGUAGUUUUGUUUUUCUAUUUUGAAUUAUUUCAUUUAAAUCAAUUUUUUCAUGCAAAGGCUUAUUCGAACCUGGUAAGACGUCAGAAAUCAUGGAUGAUUCCGCAUUCUGAUAAACUCCAAUGUUGCAAAAAGAGCGCCAGUGCAAAAAAAUAAAUAAGGAAUGAAUAUUAUCCAAAAAAGUACAACAACAACAACAACAACAACAACGACAACGACAACGACAACGAGAACAACAACAACAAUAACAACAACAACAACAACAACAACAACAACAACAACAACAACAACAACAACAACAACAAACGAACUUGUAAAUAAAGUUACUGUCCAACUGGAACUGUAUUAUAACUUUUACAAUAUACUGACUCGAUAUUUUUUAUGCAGGUACAGAUCGAAACAACAUGGUGGAAAUGGCAGACCCUUCCGUGAACUAUCCUGUAACCUCAGAAAAAACAUUAACAAUGUUCACUAACGCUGAAAUCGUUUGGUCAAGUGAUGAUGAAACAAAGACUAAACAAGAUCUGAUUCUAAGUAUGGCUUCCUCUGGCUACUACAACAGCAUGUCGCUCUGUAGGGCUUCACCAAAGAAAACAGCGCUUAAUGUUUUGUUAAACAAUGCUCCGGCAUCGUAUCGUGGCAUGCUAUUGAG